AUGGCAGAUGUGGGUGGCACUAUGAGUGAAGUGAGUGCACCUGUUCGUCGCGUGCUUCUCAUUUCUGCUGGUGCAAGUCACUCAGUUGCUCUUCUUUCGGGAAAUGUUGUUUGCUCUUGGGGACGAGGGGAGGAUGGACAGUUAGGUCAUGGAGAUGCUGAAGAUCGACUUUCUCCUACAUAUCUGAGUGCACUGGAUGGCCAUGAAGUAGUUUCUGUUACUUGUGGAGCUGACCAUACAACUGCAUACUCUGAGUCAUUUACACAAGUGUAUAGUUGGGGAUGGGGUGAUUUUGGGAGAUUAGGUCAUGGAAACUCUAGUGACUUGUUUACUCCUCAGCCAAUCAAAGCAUUACAUGGUUUGAGGAUUAAGCAAAUUGCUUGUGGGGACAGCCACUGUCUGGCAGUGACUAUGGAUGGCGAGGUGCAAAGUUGGGGGCGUAAUCAAAAUGGUCAGCUCGGUCUUGGCACCACUGAGGACUCUCUUGUUCCACAGAAGAUUCAAGCUUUUCAGGGCGUAUCUGUCAAAAUGGUUGCUGCUGGUGCUGAACAUACUGCUGCUGUUACAGAAGAUGGUGAGCUCUAUGGUUGGGGCUGGGGCCGAUAUGGAAACUUGGGCCUAGGUGAUAGAAAUGAUCGCUUGGUUCCUGAGAAAGUUUCUACUGUUGAAGGAGUGAAGAUGGUUAAGGUUGCAUGUGGAUGGCGGCAUACGAUAUCUGUUUCCUCUUCUGGUGGUUUAUACACAUAUGGGUGGAGCAAAUAUGGUCAGCUAGGACAUGGUGAUUUUGAGGAUCACCUCACUCCUCAUAAACUGGAAGCCUUGCAGGAAAAUUUGAUUUCUGAGAUAUCUGGUGGUUGGAGGCACACCAUGGCUCUCACGUCUGAUGGAAAACUUUAUGGCUGGGGAUGGAAUAAGUUUGGACAAGUUGGUGUUGGUGACAAUGUUGACCAUUGCUCUCCUGUGCAAGUUAAAUUUCCUCAUGAGCAGAAAGUAGUUCAUAUCUCAUGUGGAUGGAGGCACACACUUGCUGUUACAGAAAGGCAAAAUGUAUUUUCAUGGGGAAGAGGUACAAAUGGACAGCUUGGGCAUGGCGAAUCCAUUGACCGAAAUAUUCCAAAGAUGAUAGAGGUGUUGAGUGCGGAUGGAUCUGGUGGACAACAGAUAGAAACCUCAAAAGUUGAUCCAUCAACAGGGAGAAUCUGGGUCUCACCGUCAGAAAGAUAUGCAGUCGUUCCUGAUGAAACGGGGUCAACCCAAACAGGUGUUUCAGUCAAGGGUAAUGGAAAUGAUGCAAGCGUCCCUGAGAGUGAUGUCAAACGAAUUCGAUUAGCUGAAUAA